AGCUAUAUGAAUUUAGAAAUUAUACAUAUACAUGUAAUAAAACAUAUUUGAAACAAAAGAUAAAAAUGUUAUUGCUGAUUAUUUCGAAUUAUUUGUUGGUCUUGUCAAUACUCUGCCGAAUUACGUUAUAUAUGUAUACGUCAAAUCUGUGAUUUCGGUAAAUUUGCUCUUUGUUCCUAAUGACACAUAAUUCAUGACGUUUAAAUUUUGUAUGUGGCUAUUUUUCGACAUCGCAAAUAAAUCGUUGUAACUUGAAUUUAUUCGCUGAAUCUAACGAUAAUCUCGUGAGGUAUAGUUCAAACUCAGAGACAAAAUUCAAAAUUAAACAGUGUUUACAAACUAAAUUUGAAGCCGGGGCAAGCCGGGGUGUGAACGUAUUCCGAUUCUUGCUAUUGACCUCACAUCAAGAAUCCGCAAAAUCUAAUCAUGUCGACAACUUGGGUACCGAUGGAAUCGAAUCCGGAUGUUAUGACAAAGUUUUUGCACAAGUUGGGUGUAACCAAAGACUGGUCUAUCGUUGACGUUUAUGGAUUAGAGCCAGACCUAUUGGCACUUGUGCCAAAACCAGUUUGCGCUGUCAUUUUAUUAUAUCCGUUAUCUAAAAAGGGUACUCCUGUCGUAGAAGAUGAAGAACAAGGUGAUAAAGAUAAGGAUGCUACAUGUAGUGAUCCAGCAGUUUUUCAUAUGAAACAAUAUAUACAUAAUGCCUGUGGUACAAUCGCUUUGAUUCACAGUGUUGCAAACAGCUUAGAGACUAUAAAGCUUCAGGAUGGUUUUCUAAAAACAUUUUUAGACAAAGCACAAGAUUUGUCGCAUGAGGGACGUGGAAAGCUGUUAGUGGAAUCAGAAGAUAUUAGCACUACCCACAAAGAUGUAGCGCAAGAGGGACAGACAGAGGUGCCGGGUGAAGAAGUAGUAAUCAUCCAUCACUUUGUGGCGCUUGUACACAAGAAUGGAGUUUUAUAUGAAUUAGACGGACGAAAAUCUGGUCCUAUCAGUCAUGGUCCAACCAGUCCCGAAACGCUGUUAGAAGACGCAGCGCGCGUCUGCAAGGAAUUCAUAUCUCGCGAUCCAGAAGAAGUAUGCUUCACCGUUCUUGCGCUCGCUAAUAGCGACGCGUCAUCACUAUAACUCGACAUACACAUUUAAAACGAUUGUUAAAAUAAUUUAUUUUGUACUUUGUAUAUGUACAUUUGCUACAUUUUGCAUUGCGUUUAUUAACAUUUAUUAAUUACUGCUGCUGUAAUGCAGUUAUUUACGAAAUAAGUAUUUAUCAAAGAAUACGUGUUAAAAUAUGCUCCACAUCAUAAAUAACAAGAGUAUUCGAAUAAAGAUUCGUAAAUCGUAAGUACAUGA